CAGUGGGCGGCGCGUGAACGUAGCGUCUCUCCUCGCGCGCGCUGAGAUCUUUUAUAGUGAAUGAAACACUGGCGUGGGAAAGAAGAGCUGGAUGCGUGAAACAUCGAUAUGGAUCCACAGUAACGUUCAUGCGCUGGCUGUUAUUUUUCUUUGCUUUGAUCGCGUGUAAAGACAGUUUAAAGUGAAGAUGCGUCUGGUGACAGUCACAUCACAUCUGAUCAUCGCACAGCUGUUGCUCAUCUGUCACACAGAUCUGGCCACGCCGUACUUGAGAGGUCAGCGCAAAUUCGCCGAGGAUGUCGACUGGUCUUACACAGGAGCCCUGAAUCAGAAGCAUUGGGCCAAGAAAUAUCCAGUCUGUGGCAAUGCCAAACAGUCACCCAUUGACAUCCAUGAAGACUUCACUCAGGUCCGGAUACAAUACCAGGACCUGCUGUUUGAGAACUGGGACCGGCCAACCUCCGAGUCCACUACCAUCACCAACAAUGGAAAAACAGUGGUGAUCGGUCUGGACGGUCCGUACCACAUUAGUGGAGGAGGGCUCAGGUCCAGGUUUAAAGUGGGCAGAAUUAUGUUCCACUGGGGUCGAUGUAACGCCACUUCAGACGGUUCUGAACACAGCCUCAACAGCAUCACAUUCCCCCUGGAGAUGCAGAUAUAUUGUUUUGAUGAGGAGGAGUUUGAAUCUGUAGAUGAGGCUAUAAGCAGUGGAGGACACAUUACUGCUCUCGCUGUCCUCUUUGAGGCCAGUUACGAAGACAACCAGGACUAUGCUGCCAUUAUCGAAGGAGUGAACAGUGUGAGCCGAUUCGGUAAAAGCAGUCCACUAGAACCAUUUUCUCUGCUGGCUCUACUGCCUCAAUCCACACAAAAAUACUUUGUGUACAAUGGCUCGCUCACAGCGCCGCCCUGCCUGGAGAAUGUGGAGUGGAUUGUGUUCAAAAACACCGUGGCCAUCUCAGAAACCCAGCUGGAGGUGUUUUGUGAGGUUAUGACGAUACAACAAGCUGGAUAUGUGAUGUUGACCGACUAUCUGCAGAAUAACUUCAGAGAACAGCAGCAGCAGUUCAUGGGACAAGUGUUCUCGUCUUACACGGGCAUAGAGGAGAUACCUGCGCCAAUGUGCAGCUCAGAACCGCAGAACGUUCAGGCAGAUCCUCAGAACGACACCGUCAUCGUAGUGACGUGGGAGCGGCCGCGGGUCGUAUACGACACCACCAUUGAGCGUUACUCUGUAACGUACCAAAGACUUCAGGGCAGAGACCCUCCUAAACGGCAGUAUUUAACUGAUGGAGACCAAGAUGUUGGGGCCAUUAUACACAACCUGCUUGCAAACAGUAGCUAUGUUGUCCAGGUGGUGGCGCUCUGCAACAAUGGAUUGACUGGAAAAAUGAGCGACCAAGUUAUAGUAGACAUGCCACUGGAAGACCCUGUAAAUGAGCCGGAUCCGUUCAGUGAUGCCACAGAGUUGGAGGAAUAUAUUGAGGUGCCCUCAGAACCCCCGUCUCCAAAGAGCAGAGUAACUCCACAGUCCCUGGCUGGUCGAACCAGUUCAAUUUCCAUCACCACAGCAACGGACCAACCAGGCUUCCUUUUCCCCGUUGCUAGGACAACCGCCGUUACUGUCAAACGAAAAAUGACAGAGGAAUCUUCUUUGUCAUGGUCCCCUGAUCAAAAAAAGACAGGAAAUGAGAUCAAGCGCCCACCGAGCAGACUCGUUCCAGAGGAGAGUGGUCAACUUCCUCACGGCAACUUGGCGGUCACGGACGUCUACUUUGAAGAUGUUCUCAACAUCAGCACCACGAAAUCCACACCUGACCCUUUUAACAAUCUUCUUAAUCUAAUCACACAGCCAGGACGGGUGGUGUCAAGACAGCCAGCGGGGGUGAACACCAUCACACCUCCUCCAAAUAGUCCGAACACUGUUGCAUCAACCACAGGCUCAUCUAUGUCUGCGUCUAUGAAGAUCAUUUCCCAGACCACUCAGCCGCUGUUUAAUGAGGCGAGUAACAGUAGUCCAGAGUCCCGUGUCGGGAUGGUGGGAGGGACGGAGAAGGAGACUCGGACAGUUGUUCCUCUAGCUGUGGUUUCCACACUAACUAUCCUGUGUUUGCUGGUCCUGGUGGGAAUCCUCAUCUACUGGAGGAGAUGUUUUCAUAUGGCACAAUUUUAUGUGGAGGACAACAUUUCAGCCCGAGCCAUUUCAGCCCCAUCAACACCUCUGCUUUUACCUACAGAGGAUAAUGAAGCUCUUACAGUAAAAGAAUUUGUGAAACACGUUGCUGAUCUUCAUGCAAAUCACACCUUCUCUAAAGAAUAUGAGAUCUUGAAAGAGUGUUAUGAGGAGAUUCAAAGCUGUACAGCAGAUAUAACAACCGACAGCUCCUGCCAUCCAGACAAUAAGAGCAAGAACAGAUACAUCAACAUUCUGGCCUAUGAUCACAGUCGAGUUAAACUCUAUCAAAACUCAGACAAAGAUGGAAAGACUGGGGACUACAUUAAUGCCAACUAUGUGGAUGGCUACAAUCAGCCAAAAGCAUAUAUCGCUGCUCAGGGUCCAUUGAAGAGCAGUGUUGAAGACUUCUGGAGGAUGAUAUGGGAACAAAACGUCGGUGUAAUUGUCAUGAUCACCAAUCUAGUAGAGAAGGGUCGGAGAAAAUGUGAACAAUAUUGGCCUGUGGAGAAUCAGGAAGACUACGGCUGCUUUUUUGUCUCCCUGAAAAGCACCAAAACCUUUGCGUACUACACACAGAGAACGUUCACUUUGAGGAACAUUAACAUCAAAAAGGGGUCACAGAAGAGCCGCGGUCAGGAGAAAACAGUGGUUCAGUUUCAUUACACACAGUGGCCUGACAUGGGGGUCCCAGAAUACACACUUCCUCUACUCUCUUUUGUGCGGACGUCGUCUCAGGCCCGGACUGGCGAUAUGGGGCCUGUGGUAGUACACUGCAGUGCUGGUGUGGGAAGAACAGGCACCUACAUUGUAAUAGACAGCAUGCUAAAACAGAUCAAAGAGGAGGGAACGGUGAACAUCAUGGGCUUUCUCAAACACAUUCGUACCCAGAGGAACUACCUGGUACAGACAGAGGACCAGUACGUCUUCAUCCAUGAUGUUUUGGUGGAGGCUAUCAAGAGUAAAGAGACGUUCGUUUCAUCUAGUCACAUCCACAACUAUGUAUCUGAUCUUCUUACACCUGGACCUACAGGCCAGACACGCCUGGAGAAACAGUUCAAGCUGGUGAGUCAGAGUUGUGUGAAACAGACUGAAUACACAGCGGCUUUAAAAGAAUGCAACGCAUUUAAGAACAGGAAGUCUUCUCUGAUGCCUGUGGAGAGAUCAAGGGUCACUCUAUCCACAGCUCCUGGAGAUUCCUCAGACUACAUCAAUGCCUCUUACGUAACGGGGUAUCAGCAAAGCCACGAGUUCAUCAUUACCCAGAAUCCUUUGCCAAACACCACACAGGACUUUUGGAGAAUGAUCUGGGAUCACCAAGCACAGAUCAUUGUUUCCCUACCAGAUACACAGAACCUGACCGGAGAGGGAGAUCUGGCGUACUGGCCCUCUAAAGAGCAACCAAUACGCUGCGAGAACUUUACUGUGACCUUCAAGGGUAAAGACCAAGUGUGCCUGUCCAAUGAGGAGUCUGUGCUGGUACAAGACUUCAUUCUGGAGGCUUUAACGGAUGACGGCGUGCUGGAGGUACGACUGUACCAGACACCCCGCUGGCCGAACCCAGACAGCCCUAUCAGUAACUCAUUUGAGCUGAUCAACAUUAUAAGAGAAGAAAGUUCACGACGAGAGGGACCAAUCGUCAUUCAUAAUGGGUGUGGAGGAUCGAGUGCAGGUGUCCUUUGUGCCCUGACCUCCCUGGUAAACCAACUGGAGGAGGAGAACUGUGUGGAUGUCUAUCAGACAGCAAAAAUGAUAAACCUCAUGAGACCAGGAGUUUUCAAUGAUAUUGAACAAUACCAGUUCCUCUACAAAGCGAUCCUGAGCUUGGUGAGCACCAAGGAAGACGAGAAAGCACUUCACUAUUCAGAAAACAAUGGCACGGGUCCUGCUAAUGCCUCGGAAAGCCUGCAGUCUCUUAUGUAGAUAAUAUACACAGAUAUUUCACCUCUCCUAAAAGAAAUUGUAAAUGGAAUCAAGAGAAAAUAUUUUUAGCAGAAACCUUCCCAAUUGCAACUAUGUAGGUACACAAUACAAUUUGGUCUUUUAUUGUGCCUUUUGUUACCUUUGUACUUUAAAAUGCUUUGAUAUUUUAUUGUUGUAACUAAUGCCAAAAUUUCUGCACUCUGGAAAACAGUGACUGCUGUAUUGCUGGUGAUGUCUUUGACCGUUUGACUGAUUUAACUGUUUUAGAAAUAUUUAUAAGCAGCAGGGGAAAAGAUUUCAUAUUGUAUCUAUUUUGGGGUUUUAAAGAAGAUUAGAUAUAAAAUGCAUAUUUGAAUGUAGCUUCUUAGGACACUUCUCCUACACUGUAUAAACAGGUGUGACUUUAAUAUAUACAAAAAGUAUCAGCCACACCAACAUACCAAAAUUACUAGUCCUUUAUACGGUUUGUUUUUGUUACUGUAGCAAACUUUGUGUGUUCGUUAUAGAAAUUGAAUGUUUGUUUUUUAUAACUCAUAGGUCUGUAACUGAACAUCCUUCAUCUAAACUGCCAGUUUCUUCCAUUGAUUCAUAACCUCUGUUCAUUGAUUUACUUUCAUUUAAACUUUGUGUAAUGUUUUAGUUUUUCCUCAAACAUUAACAGUGCUUACUUAUGAACAACAAAGCAAACCACAAUAAAAAAUAAUCAAAAUAGAAAUUA